UCACUUUGCUCUUUCUCUCGGAGACGCAGCAUUAGUGAAAGAUAAAAAUGGACUUCUCCAAACUGUUGGGCUUCGUGGCUUUCAUAUGUUUUAGUAUUUCCAUGACAGCAUCUUUUCCGAUCGGACAGUUCAAUUUGAGGGUGAAUUUGACGCGUAGAUCAGAGGAAGGCCUCAAUUCUACCGAGCGAUUGCGUGGGGCGGUGGAACGAAGUAAGAGACGAAUGAAUAUGAUAGAGGCGUUUGUAAAGCAGCAGAUAACUGGGCAGUUAGACGCUGAAACGCCCAUUCGCGUGGGAAACGGAGAAUUUCUGAUGAGCGUUGCAGUGGGAACGCCCUCGGUGAGUUUCGAAGCGAUUGUCGACACCGGGAGUGAUCUGAUUUGGACUCAGUGCAUGCCUUGCAAGAACUGCUACGAUCAGCCUACGCCAAUCUUCGACCCAUCCAAAUCGUCCACGUAUUCCAGAGUUCCCUGCACUAACUCUUUUUGCGAUGCUUUAGAGAGUUUUAAAACUGGAUGCAAUCCAGAUUGUACUUUCGAUUAUACCUAUGGCACUGGUGAGACUAGAGGUGACCUGGCUUACGAGUCAUUCUCCAUUGGGGACGGCAGCGGCAGCAUGGUUGAAGGAAUUGCUUUUGGAUGCGGCCAUGACAACAAAGGACGAGGAUUCUCUCAGGGCGGCGGUCUUGUGGGACUGGGAAGAGGUCCUCUCUCACUCAUCUCUCAGCUGGGCUCCAAGGUAGACAACAAAUUCUCUUACUGUCUCUUGCCCAUCACCGACUCUCCUUCACAAACCAGCCCUCUCAUAUUCGGUGACGGCGAUUCCUUGAGCGGAGCCAACACGAUCCCACUCAUUAAGAACAGUGUGAAUCCUUCUUUCUGGUAUAUUCCUGUCACAGGAAUCACCCUCAAUGGCAAGCCUCUAAAUAUUCCUUCUGGAACUUUCGAUCUGCAAUCGAACGGUAACGGAGGCAUGAUCAUUGACUCGGGAACUACCAUUACCUAUUUAAUCGAGGCUGCCUACAAUCCUCUCAGAGAAGCAAUUCAGUCCGCGGUUGAUGUCGCUCCUGUAGAAAGCUCUUCGGGGGAUCUGUGUUACCAGACAUCAGAUAAUGUCGCCCUGCCUUCCCUCACUUUCAACUUCAAGGGAGGCGUGAAUUAUGAUCUUCCACCAGAAAACGUUUUCAUUCCUCAAUCUGGGGAUCUCUUAUGCCUCGCCAUGGGUGCCUCGAGCGGAAUUUCCAUCUUUGGAAAUAUACAACAGCAGAACUUCUAUAUCCUUUACGACAAUGCUCAGAACAGGCUCUCCUUUAAGCCCACUAAAUGUGAUUCUCUUUAAAUAAUCAUCACCCUCUUCUGCUUUGUCUGGCACUGCCAUUUCCUCUUCUUGUGUUUCUGUCAUGGUCUUUUUUUUCAAUUUCGAAUAUAAAACAUGAUCCAGUCUCCUAUUUAUGUUUUCAGGGCUGCAUAGUAUAAUAUGCAACCUGACAUCAUCGCCUUUGUAUGUUUCCUGCGGUGCCUAAUAUAAUAUCGAUAUCAUCGCCUGUUUAUGUUGCCUGCACUGCUUUAUAUAAUAUGUUUGUUUCCUUCACUGCCUAAUCUAUAUAGAAGAAAGCACAACAGUCUCUGUGCUUUUAUCGUU